AGAAGACACUAUUAAUUUAAUUUAAAGACGUAACCGCUGAUAGCUGCCUAAACUGUGAUUUAAGGAUGGUGUUGAAGUACUGUGUCGUUGUGCUAUUACUGCAGUAUUUGAUACCGGGUGUCCCUGCGCCAGGAGUCUCCAAAUUCUGCAAGUCCUGCCAACAUGUGAACCACCCAUGGGACUGCCACCAUCAGGAGGCUUGCCAUCACGGGUCGUGUAGCAUGGAGGUACAUGCCCACAAUGGGACAUACACUUACAAUUAUGGCUGCAAAGAACACCAUGAAUGUGAGCACUCUGUACAGUUGGUGGGGCGGCGGGCCGCUGGCAAACUGGUGUGUAGUGCCUGUUGUGACCUUACAGGAUGCGAAAAAGACCUUUGUCUGCAUUUCGCCCAUCAACCUCACACCAACCCGCCACCCGUCACUCACCAAAGUCACAGGACCUGCAAGGUGUGCAGUCAUAUAAUCGAUCCGAACGACUGUCACCACUCCGAGCCUUGUCCGGACGGGCAAUGCAUGAUGGCGAUCCACAACCAUAAUGGAACAUACAUAUACAACUUAGCGUGCGGGACUCAUUCUCAAUGUAGCAACCAAGUGUUCGUGCAAACGACGACAAAUCUGAUGUGUAGAGCGUGCUGUAAUCACACUGGCUGCGAGAAAAACCUCUGCCACAGAUAUAUAACCCCGCCAACGACACACGCUCAACAUACGACACACGUUCAGCACACGCAUGCACACACAACUGUCACUUUUGAUCCCAAUUGUCAUGACAUCGAAAGUGAGGCGUUUAAGUGUGCUGAGAUGGACAAGUACGACUUCUGCCACGAUCCUAUCUCCAUUGGUUACGCCAUUGCCCACGAAAAAUGCGCUAAACACUGUGGCUUCUGCGGGUCCGGUUCUGCUACUACAACCGUCGCACCUGUGGCUGUUACAACCAUAGCCCCUGUGGCAGUUACAACCGCCGACCCCGUGGUUGUUACUUCUACCGUCCCCGUGGCAGUUACAACUGCCGAUCCUGUUGAAGUUGUGACUGCCCUCCCCAUGACAGUUUCAACUGCUGACCCCGAGGUUUAUUCAACUGCCGUCCCCGUUGCUGUUUCAACUACCGUUACUACAGCCGAACCGGACAUAACUGCUACACCAGAGUCCACGAUAACAACUACAACAAUUGGUCACGCCGGCGUCGUAAUCAUUGGAGGGCAAGCACCGACUUCUGGUGGAGUAUUGGAGGUAGUGACUUCCGGCGAAGGAACGGUGGCUACAACAGUCGGCAUUACCGGAGGUGAAGCCAUCUGUGUUGAUAUUGAGGAUGAGCAGUUCCAAUGUGCCGACUGGAAUAGCUUCGGCUUCUGCAGCCCAGAUUCCGGUGUCGGCUACGAGGUGUCCGUCAAAAAGUGUCGGAAAACAUGUGGCCUCUGUGUCUAAAGGGGAAGUCAGUUACUGGUGAGACAAGCAACGCAAUGAUUCACACAAUGCUGUUAAAACGUUCACCAAAUAAAUUGUGAAAACACA